AUGAUUCUCGCGGCUCGACUUCCCAUUGUGGCCCAAUCGUCCACACCCAACGGCCAUUUCAGUAACAAUCCCUCUACCUCAUAUCAAUAUCAAUAUUCCGAUUCUCAAGCCGCCGCAGCCUAUCGAACCCAAUCAAAAUCACAACGGAAAGACGAGCAGGCCUCGGACAAAACACAGUACUCCACCCCCACUCUAUUAACACCACCCUACGUGUCCGCAGAUGCGGCCGUCAACGAUCAAUCUCCUAUAGCUCGGGAUCAGUCGACCAAAUCGACACCCACAUCACAAACUCUACAACACAGUCCUCUUUCCAUGACUGAGCCUGAAGCUGCCCCUCAGCCAAAACCGGACGAUGUUCCUGUUGCGAAGCCGAAACGUGUUAGGACCGGAUGUCUGACUUGCCGAGAGAGGCACCUCAAGUGCGACGAAGGUUUACCGAAUUGUCAGAACUGUAAAAAGUCCAAUCGCAAAUGUAAACGUGGGGUUCGCCUGAACUUCAUCGACAUCCAAUGCGAGAACCCACCCUACUUACUUCCCAAAACACAUGAUUGGAAGGUUACAUUCCAAGAUGACUCUCGCGACAUUGCUUCCGAGUAUAGAGGUGGGUUGGAAAAGUACCAUCCUCUGGAACCAGAGCAAAAGCGACAACGACUAGAUGUAUCCGGCCUGGGUUAUGACUAUGCUCAAAUCUCAGCACCAAUCAUUCCACACCAACAACUCCCAGCUCCGUCAUCCUAUAAUAACUCCUACGCCGAACAAUCCCAGGCUAUGUACACAAGCUCAGCAAACCAAGCCUACGGUGAUGCAACUAAUGCCCUCGCUCCAUAUUCGGAAUCUGCUCAAUCUAUACGGCAGCCCUAUGAGCAACCUAUUCUGGUGACCACUGAGCAAGACCAAACUCCCCCGUAUCUAGAAGAUCGAAAUGAAGUUCUGUAUAUGCAGGUCUUUGUCGAGGAGGUCGGAUUAUGGAUGGAUAGCAUGGACGCGGAUAAGCAUUUUUCUCGUCGGAUUCCGUUCCAGGCACUGAGGGAACCCAUGUUAAAGUAUGCUCUCCUGGCCUGUGGAGUUCGCCAUUUGACCCUCGUCAACUCUGUCUACCCAGAGGAACAUGCCCUCAAUUAUUACAACUCCGCGACUCAACUGCUCCUCAAAUCGCUUCAAAACCCCGACAGAGAUAGCGUUUUGUGCGCCACAACGGCUACCAUUCUUAACGUCUACGAGGUCAUGUCCGAGAAGGCUCUUCAACGCAUGAAUCAUAUUGCUGGAGCACGAGCAUUGAUCAAAGAAUGUCGAUGGGAUGCCACCGCUACAGGUAUCGGUUCUGCGUGCUUCUGGCUAAACGUCGGCCUUGAACUGUUUAGCUGCUUGCAUUUCAAUUGGGGUGUAGCUUGGGAUCCGGACACAUGGGGCAUCGAUAUGACCAUGAACCCCCAGCACAUGGGUGGAAACGAGGAUGACUGGACCCACAAAAUCCUCUGGAUCUUAUCAAAAAUCACCAAUUUCCGCUCAUCUGCCCAGCCACGCUACCAAGAAGCGAAUGUCCAUGCCGAACAAGUCCGUCUGCAUCAAAGACACCAGCAGUGGUUAGGUUUGAAACAGUUUUGCGACAGAUGGCAUCAAUGUGUCCCUCCUACUAUGCAUGCACUGGCUUAUGUCCCCACCUAUAUGACCACAUCCAAGAGUGCAUUCCCCGAAAUUUGGCUGAUCAAGCGGACGACAAUCGUCGCAAACCUGUUCUACCACACGGCGAUGGCUGUCCUCGGGGGCGUUCACCCACUCAAGGAUAUAGAACCUCAGACACAGACCGAGAUGCAAGAAAUGAAGGUGUACCAUUCGAGACAAAUAUGUGGUAUUGUUGCUCACGUCAAAGACCGAGGUGUCGCCUCGGCAUCCAUCAGAUGUCUGGCCGUUGCCGGGGAAAACCUCACAGACCGUCGCGAGCAAGAAGAGGUCCUUACCAUUUUUGACAGGAUAAAGAAGGAAACUGGCUGGCGAGUGACUUUCAUCCAUGAUGACCUAAAGGAGAAAUGGGGCUGGAGUGCCCAAGAGUUUGACACCGCGAGCUCAACGUCUUCAACCUACUUCCCAGCAUCGGGCUCCUCUGCACCGUCCGCUGCAUCGGCUGCUCCGCCUCGACCCAAGUUCCCCGUCGGAAUCAUCAACCCCCUGUACAAAAAUGCAGACUUUUCGGCGCAGAACCCGCCGUACCAAGGGAACUAUGUUCCUCCAGCUCCUGGACAUAUCAUGCACAGCACCUCCGGUCUAUAUGGUUUCUCUGGCAUUGCAGCGAUGUGA